AUGUGGCAGAAGCCAUAUUCCUGUCCUGAGUGCGGGAAAUGUUUUUCAGACAAAACUAGACUUUACAUAUAUCAGAGAUCUAACACAGGUGAAAAGCCAUAUGUCUGUCCUGAGUACGGGAAAUACUUUUCAGUGAAGCCUAGUCUUCACACACACAUCAGAGCUAUUACACGGAGGAGAAGUUUUAUACCUGUUUGGAGUGCGGGAAAUGUUUUUGAGAAAAGCCCUUUUCUUCAUAUAUGA